AUGGUAAAUUUUGAUUUAUUCACGUGCAGAGCUUUUGUUUUUCACAUUAGUCGACUAGGUGCCUCGUACGGAUACCACCCGCAUAAAAAAAAGAAGACAAAAGCAAUUAAUUUUCAUAAGGCAAAAAAGCGGAUAGGAAUUUAUGAACAUUUCGUUGCCAAUACACCUGAUCCUUUAAAUAUUCACGCUCUGCACGGAAGCUUGGCAUAUGCGACUUUUAAAGUCAAUCAAAAGGAUUUUUCAGCUGACAUCUGCACUCACCUUGUCAGCUUAUGUAUUUGUCUUGUUUUAAUAGAAAUGACGUUGAAGAGACAAAAAGAAAAUUUCAAUUAUCUUUCGCGAGACGGAUCAACAUCGUUAUGGAUUUUAAGGAUUUUCCGCUGUCUCAACUGCAAUGAGUGA